AUGGCGGCUGUUCGCCUAGAUCCAGCGACGCUGGACGUUCUUCCAAAUGAGAUUAUGGUCUCGAUCCUAUCGACCUUCGAAACCCACCAACUGCUGGUGUGGGUGGUUGUGUCGCGACGAUUCCACUCGCUGAUCCUGCGAAUCCUGCAUUUCCGCCUGCUCCUCGCCGCAGCCCUGCCCGACUGUAAACUCAUCCUCGAAGCGUACCAUCCGAGCCGGACCUCGGGCGGCAACACAUACCUGUACUGUACAUAUCUGGGCACGGACGGCCUCAGCUCCAAGCACGAAGGGCAAGGCAGCCUGUAUGAAGAUUGCGCCAGCGAGGAAGGGCGACUCGCCAAAUUGGGCGCAUUAUACAGCCGGUUCCGGCCGGAGCGACCGAGCGUGACGGCGUCAAUGCCCUUGCGCCGCAUCGCGGGUGCCGCACCAGUGCAGUUGCCCACAGGGGAGACCAGUCAGCCCAUAUAUGCAGACAGCGGAGACGGAGGGUCGACCAAAGUCUCGCACAUCUUGAACCUCGACGCCGACGAACUGUUCGGCCAGUUCUGCGCAUAUCCGCAGCUGGUGCGCUUUGGGCCUAGGAGAGGCGUCUUCCUCAGCAGUGCGCACAUCGUCCAGCACGGACAGGGCGUCAUGCGGGUGUGGAAGCAGUGGCUGCAGGACAGAGCGCUCGAAACUGCAACCAUGACUUACCCCACCAUCGGCGCAGACAAGAACAUCCUCUGGACAGACUAUAAAAAGAACGUCGGCCUGAGGGUCGCAAUCCGCGAACGCGAAGGCCGUCUCUACGCCACGAGCCCCGACGAGUAUAACGACUCGCCCAUGAGUUUUGUCAUCGAGAUCCAAGAAUUGGUGGUCCGCACCACCCACCUGAUGCUCGCAGUGGAGAGCUUCAUGCAGGACCAGGACAAACGAACAGGUAAAGCUCUUAUUUUUGGAAAUUUUGCCACCGCAGCCUUGUCCAUGGGCACGUGA